AUGUCUUAUGGACAUUCUCGUGCCAGUAUUUUCUGUGGUCAAAUCGAUGGCACAACAGGUUCGGUAUAUGUUAAUCCAUCUGGAUCUAGCUAUGUUCAAUUCUGGAGUGGACCAUCUUGUGAUGGUACAUUUUUAUACGAAGUUUAUAUAGGUAGAAACACUGGUCGAUGUCUUUCCGUCGAUGGUAAACCAAGAAUAUGUGUCCUAGUCUAUCAUUUAGCUUUAGCGGAAUCAUAA